CACAGUUUGGUUUGGCAGUGUUGCGUUUAUUCUGUGUUUUACUGUUCUUUACUGCCGGCAAUUCGAGUUUCUGCUCAGUACGAAUCCAAGAUGCCCUCAUUUUAAAUAUUAUGAUUUGGGUUGUUCUGUUGUACUGGAAAUUGAGUUGAAAAAUGGUUUUGAAUUGUUUGACAAUUAGUGUCUUUUUGGCGGCGCUGCUAACUAUAUCACUACUGGACGUUUUGAAUUCCGUGAUAUGAAUUCUGCUAUUUUCUUUUCUUAGUUCGUUAUAUGCUUUUUUCCAGUGGAUCAUGCUUAUCUUAUACUCAUCAUCUAUGUUAUGAGUUUGUUGUUAAAUAUGACUUUGAAAUUCUGUAAAUGAAUUUGCUUGACGGUAGGUAGUCUUGAUGACCCUCUUUUGGUUGUACCAUUGGGUAUGCUUGCAUGUGAAAUAAGCUAGACUGGCUUUCUUUAAUGGUUUCUUAUUUUCUCACCGUACAUUCUUAUGCAAUUGAGUUUCGAAUUCUAGUUCCUGUUACUUACAUCUCUGUAAUCAUUGUAUGGGUGGGAUCUUUGGAUUUUUUUAAUCUUAUUAGCAAGCUGAGCAAGUGUGGAUGUUUUCAUGGGACUAUCUUUCUGUCCCCUUAGGCUCCCUUUCCUGCUGCCUAUGGUGAUUUUGGUGAUGUUCUCAAUGAAGUUGAUUUGAGGGCAUUUAUGCAUGAUAACUCUGUAUAACAUGGAAAUGUUUUGAUUGCUCUAUUUCAGUUGGUGCAACAUGUCAGAAGCCCAGAGGCAGCCUAUUGGUGUUAGUCAUAGUAAUGGGUACAUUAAUGGAGCAAUACAGUUACGGUCUCCCAGUAUUGCAUCAAAAGUUGACGAGUUUUGCUUUGCCCUAAAAGGAAAGAGACCUAUCCAUAGUAUCUUGAUUGCAAACAAUGGAAUGGCUGCUGUGAAGUUUAUACGCAGUAUCAGAACAUGGGCUUAUGAGACAUUUGGGUCAGAGAAAGCAAUUUUGUUGGUGGCAAUGGCUACACCAGAGGAUAUGAGAAUAAAUGCAGAGCAUAUUCGGAUAGCUGAUCAGUUUGUGGAAGUCCCAGGCGGGACUAACAACAAUAACUAUGCUAACGUUCAGCUGAUAGUUGAGAUGGCAGAGAGUACACGUGUAGACGCUGUUUGGCCUGGAUGGGGUCACGCAUCAGAAAAUCCAGAACUACCCGAUGCUUUAACUGCAAAAGGCAUCAUAUUUCUUGGGCCACCAGCUGCGCCUAUGGCUGCUCUGGGAGAUAAAAUUGGUUCAUCAUUGAUUGCACAGGCUGCUGAUGUACCUACACUUCCAUGGAGUGGUUCUCAUGUGAAAAUACCUCCAGAAAGCUGCUCUGACUCUAUCCCUGAGGAUCUGUAUAGUAAAGCAUGUGUUUAUACCACUGAAGAAGCAAUUGCUAGUUGUCAAGUUGUUGGUUACCCAGCAAUGAUAAAGGCAUCUUGGGGUGGUGGUGGAAAAGGCAUCAGAAAGGUCCAUAAUGAUGAUGAAGUAAAGGCCUUGUUCAAACAAGUUCAAGGUGAAGUUCCAGGAUCACCAAUAUUUAUUAUGAAGGUUGCUUCCCAGAGCCGGCAUUUAGAGGUCCAGUUGCUUUGUGAUCAAUAUCAAAAUGUUGCAGCUCUGCACAGCCGUGAUUGUAGUGUUCAAAGGCGACACCAAAAGAUUAUUGAAGAAGGUCCGAUCACCGUAGCUCCUUUGGAGACGGUAAAACAACUUGAACAGGCGGCAAGAAGAUUAGCCAAAUGCGUAAAUUAUGUUGGAGCAGCCACAGUUGAGUACCUGUACAGUAUGGACACCGGGGAGUACUAUUUUUUGGAGCUAAACCCACGGUUGCAGGUGGAGCACCCUGUCACUGAGUGGAUAGCUGAAAUAAAUCUGCCAGCAGCCCAAGUUGCUGUGGGGAUGGGCAUCCCCCUGUGGCAAAUUCCAGAGAUAAGGCGUUUUUAUGGGAUGGAACAUGGUGCUGGGUAUGAUGCUUGGAAGAGAACAUCAGUUCUUGCUACUCCAUUUGAUUUUGAUAAAGCAGAGUCCACGAAACCCAAAGGUCACUGUGUAGCUGUACGUGUCACAAGUGAAGAUCCUGAUGAUGGCUUUAAGCCUACGAGUGGCAAAGUUCAGGAGCUGAGUUUUAAAAGCAAGCCAAAUGUGUGGGCAUACUUUUCUGUCAAGUCUGGAGGAGGCAUCCACGAAUUUUCUGAUUCUCAAUUUGGACAUGUUUUUGCAUUUGGAGAGUCAAGAGCCCUUGCAAUUGCAAACAUGGUUCUUGGGUUGAAGGAAUUGCACAUUCGAGGAGAGAUUCGAACAAAUGUUGAUUAUACAAUUGAUCUGUUAAAUGCUGCGGAUUAUAGAGACAAUAAAAUACAUACUGGCUGGUUGGACAGUAGAAUUGCUAUGAGGGUUAGAGCAGAAAGGCCGCCUUGGUAUCUUUCUGUGGUGGGAGGCGCUCUUUACGUGAGUUUGGCUAUUUCAACAUUUCUUCAUUUUGAAAUAUGUUUUACAAACUGGCAAAAUUUUCAUUCUCUUCAUCUACCAUUUUUUGAAACUCAGCAAGCUUCCACUAGUAGUGCAGCCGUGGUCUCAGAAUAUAUUGGUUAUCUCGAAAAAGGACAAAUUCCGCCUAAGCAUAUAUCACUUGUCAACUCUCAAGUUUCACUGAACAUUGAAGGAAGCAAAUAUACGAUAAGUAUGGUUAGAGGUGGACCUGGAAGCUACAGAUUGAGAAUGAAUAAAUCAGAAAUAGAAGCGGAAAUACAUACAUUGCGGGAUGGAGGUUUAUUGAUGCAGCUGGAUGGGAACAGUCAUGUUAUUUAUGCAGAGGAGGAAGCAGCUGGAACUCGCCUUCUGAUUGACGGUAGAACUUGCUUGCUUCAGAAUGAUCACGACCCGUCAAAGUUGGUGGCUGAGACACCAUGCAAGCUGCUAAGGUAUUUGGUUCCAGAUGGGAGCCAUGUGGAUGCUGAUACACCUUAUGCAGAGGUUGAGGUGAUGAAAAUGUGUAUGCCCCUUCUUGCACCUGCAUCUGGAAUUAUCCAUUUCAGGAUGUCUGACGGUCAAACUAUGCAGGCGGGUGAACUUAUAGCAAGACUUGAUCUGGAUGAUCCUUCAGCUGUCAGGAAAGCUGAACCUUUUGAUGGGAGUUUUCCUAAUCUGGGACCUCCAACUGCCAUUUCUGGAAAAGUUCAUCAAAGAUGUGCAGCAAAUUUAAAUGCAGCUCGGAUGAUUCUUGCAGGAUAUGAGCACGACAUUGAUGAAGUAGUGCAGAAUUUGUUAAGCUGCUUGGACAAUCCGGAACUCCCUUUCCUUCAAUGGCAAGAAUGCUUUGCUGUUCUUGCAAACCGGCUUCCCAAGGACCUUAGACAUGAUUUAGAAGCAAUAUUCAAAGAGUAUGAGGGGGUAUCCAGCUUGCAAAAUGUUGACUUCCCUGCAAAAAUUUUACGGGGAGUUAUUGAGACUCAUCUUAGUUCCUCCCCUGACAAAGAGAAAGGCGCUCAGGAAAGACUAGUUGAACCUCUGCUGAACCUUGUCAAGUCCUAUGAUGGUGGAAGAGAGAGUCAUGCUCGUGUUAUAGUUCAGUCCCUUUUUGAAGAAUACCUUCUGGUUGAAGAACUCUUUAGUGACAAUAUUCAGGCUGAUGUAAUUGAAAGGCUUCGGCUUCAGCAUAAGAAAGAUCUCUUAAAGGUCGUGGACAUUGUUCUUUCACAUCAGGGUAUUAGUAGAAAGAACAAGUUGGUGUUGCGUCUCAUGGAACAUCUUGUGUAUCCUAAUCCUGCAGCAUAUAGGGAUAAACUAAUCCGAUUUUCUGCACUCAACCAUACAAAUUACUCAGAGUUGGCCCUAAAAGCAAGUCAAUUGCUUGAGCAAACAAAGCUGAGUGAACUUCGUUCCAACAUUGCCAGAAAUCUCUCUGAGUUAGAAAUGUUUACUGAAGACGGUGAAAAUAUGGACACACCUAAGAGGAAAAGUGCCAUAAAUGAAAGGAUGGAAGCACUUGUAAGUGCUCCUUUAGCAGUUGAAGAUGCACUUGUUGGUCUUUUUGAUCAUAGUGAUCAUACACUUCAAAGGAGGGUUGUGGAGACUUAUGUACGCAGAUUAUACCAGCCUUAUCUUGUGAAAGGUAGUGUAAGGAUGCAGUGGCACAGAUCUGGUCUUAUUGCUUCUUGGGAAUUCUUGGAAGAACACAUAGAGAGAAAGAGUUCGUCUGAUGGGCAAACACUAGAAAGACCCUUAGUUGAAAAGCACUCUGAGAAAAAAUGGGGCGCUAUGGUUAUCAUUAAGUCUCUCCAUCUAUUGCCAACAGUUUUAACUGCUGCACUACCGGAAACAACUCCUAAUUUGCAGACCACCACAGAUUCGGAAUCUGUUCAGCCAAGCAGCUGUGGUAAUAUGAUGCACAUAGCAUUGGUGGGCAUUAACAACCAGAUGAGUAUGCUCCAGGAUAGCGGUGAUGAGGAUCAGGCUCAAGAAAGAGUCAACAAGCUGGCCAAAAAAUUAAAAGAACAAGAAGUGAGCUUUAGUCUUCGAAGUGCAGGUGUAGGAGUAAUCAGUUGCAUUAUCCAAAGAGAUGAAGGGCGGGGUCCUAUGAGGCAUUCAUUCCACUGGUCAGCUGAAAAGCAGUACUAUGAGGAAGAGCCUCUUCUACGUAACCUGGAACCUCCUCUAUCCACCUACCUGGAGCUGGAAAAACUCAAGGGCUAUGACAAAAUUCAGUAUACGCCAUCACGUGAUCGCCAGUGGCAUCUAUACACUGUUGUGGAGAAGCCUUCUUCUAUUCAAAGGAUGUACCUUAGAACGCUUGUUAGACAGCCUCUCUCAACAGAUGGUUUGACAGUUUAUCAAGGGUUGGACAAGGAAAUCACUCAAAACUUGUGGUCCUUGUCAUUUACAUCCAGAAGCAUAUUGCGGUCACUGGUUUCUGCAAUGGAAGAAUUGGAACUUCAUGUCCAUAAUGCUAAUGUCAGAUCUGACCAUGCCCAUCUGUACCUUUAUAUUGUACAAGAGCAACGUAUAGAUGAUCUGUUGCCUUACAACAAGAGGGUGGACAUAAAUGAUGGGGAUGAGGAAACCACAGUCAAGAAAAUCUUGGAAGAUCUUGCAGGCGAGAUCAAUUCAUCUGCUGGUGUGAGGAUGCAUCGUUUAGGUGUUUGUGAGUGGGAAGUGAAGCUCUGGAUAUCAUCUGAAGGCGAAGCAAAUGGUGCAUGGAGGAUUGUUGUUGCAAAUGUGACGGGUCACACUUGUCUGGUGCAUGUAUAUCGUGAGGUGGAAAAUUCACAGGAUUCCAGAGUUGUCUACCAUUCAAUCUCUGAGAAUGGACCCUUGCAUGGUGUGCCUGUGAAUGCACCUUAUCAGCCUUUGGGAGUGUUGGAUCGGAAGCGCCUGUUGGCCCGAAAGAGCAACACAACUUACUGCUAUGAUUUCCCACUGGCAUUUGAAGCAGCCUUGAAGAAGGUUUGGGCAUCCCAGUAUCUAGAGAAUGGAAGGCCCAAUGACAGAGUCCUCUUGAAUCUGACAGAAUUUGCUUUUGCCGACUCAGGAGGUAACUGGGGUACUCCACUUGUUGCUGUGAAGCGGCAACCUGGGCUCAAUGAUGUUGGCAUGGUAGCCUGGAGUAUGGAAAUGUCAACACCUGAGUUUCCAUCUGGACGAACAAUUCUUAUAAUAGCAAAUGAUGUAACCUUUAAAAACGGAUCAUUUGGACCAAGAGAAGAUGCUUUCUUCCAGGCAGUGACUGACAUUGCUUGCAAGCGAAAACUACCUUUAAUAUAUCUUGCAGCCAAUUCGGGUGCUCGUAUUGGUGUUGCAGAAGAAGUAAAGUCUUGCUUUAAAGUUGGGUGGUCUGAUGAAUCAAGCCCUGAACGUGGCUUCCAGUACGUGUAUUUGACUCCCGAAGAUUAUGAACGGAUUGGAUCAUCUGUUAUAGCACAUGAGUUGAUAUUGGCCGAUGGAGAAAUCCGAUGGGUAAUCGAUUCCAUUGUGGGGAAAGAGGAUGGUUUAGGUGUCGAGAACUUAAGCGGUAGUGGAGCCAUUGCUAGUGCAUACUCAAGGGCAUACAAGGAAACUUUCACCCUAACAUACGUGACUGGCAGGACUGUCGGAAUAGGUGCUUAUCUUGCUCGUUUAGGCAUGCGGUGCAUACAGAGGCUAGAUCAGCCCAUUAUCUUGACUGGUUUCUCAGCUUUAAACAAGCUUCUAGGUAGAGAGGUGUAUAGCUCUCACAUGCAGCUUGGCGGACCAAAAAUUAUGGCCACCAACGGUGUUGUUCACCUGACCGUCUCAGAUGAUCUCGAGGGAGUAUCAGCUGUUUUGAAGUGGUUAAGCUUUAUCCCUCCUUACUCAGGUGGCCCACUUCCGCUAUUGGCCCCCUUGGAUCCUCCCGAAAGACCUGUUGGAUAUCUCCCUGAAAACACGUGUGAUCCCCGUGCUGCUAUCUGUGGUGCUUUAGAUGGCACGGGAAAUUGGCUGGGGGGUAUAUUUGACAAGGACAGCUUUGUUGAAACAUUGGAAGGUUGGGCUAGAACUGUUGUAACUGGGAGGGCAAAACUUGGAGGUAUUCCAGUGGGAAUAGUUGCUGUUGAGACUCAGACUAUGAUGCAAGUCAUCCCUGCAGACCCUGGGCAGCUCGAUUCCCAUGAAAGGGUUGUCCCUCAAGCAGGUCAAGUAUGGUUCCCUGAUUCUGCCACCAAAACAGCUCAAGCUUUAGUUGAUUUCAAUAAAGAAGAGUUACCGCUUUUUAUUCUUGCAAACUGGAGAGGCUUUUCAGGUGGACAGAGGGACCUCUUUGAAGGUAUACUUCAGGCUGGAUCUAAUAUUGUUGAGAAUCUGAGGACGUAUGACCAGCCCGUAUUUGUAUACAUACCUAUGAUGGGGGAGCUGCGUGGUGGAGCUUGGGUGGUUGUGGACAGUAAGAUCAAUCCAGAGCACAUUGAAAUGUAUGCAGAACGGACUGCUAAAGGAAAUGUCCUUGAACCAGAAGGUUUAAUAGAGAUCAAGUUUCGGUCAAGAGAGCUGCUAGAGUGCAUGGGAAGGCUUGAUCAGCAGUUGAUCAGCUUGAAGGCAAAACUUCAAGAAGCCAGGAGUGCUGGAGUCCAUGCAACAAUCGAUUCCUUGCAGCAGCAAAUAAAAGCUCGUGAAAAGCAACUUUUGCCAGUGUACACUCAGAUUGCAACAAAAUUUGCAGAACUACAUGAUACCUCAUUUAGAAUGGCUGCGAAAGGGGUUGUCAAAAAGGUGGUAGAUUGGACAGAUUCCAGAUACUUCUUCUAUCAAAGAUUGCGUCGUAGAGUAGUUGAGGAUUCAUUGAUAAAGACCAUAAGAGAUGCUGCUGGUGACCAGCUAACAUAUAAAUCUGCAACAGAUGUGUUGAAGAAGUGGUUUUUGGAUUCCAAAUUUUCAGGAGACAAACUAGAUGCUUGGACAGACGACGAGGCUUUCUUCUCAUGGAAGGAUGAUUUCAGAAAUUAUGAAGAAAAAUUACAGGAGUUGCGUGUGCAGAAAGUGUUGCUUCAAUUAUCAAAGAUUGGUGAUUCAACCAUGGAUCUCAAGGCUCUACCGCAGGGUCUUCUUGGCCUCUUACAGAAGGUGGAGCCUUCUGCUAGGGAACAAUUGAUUGAUGAACUAAGAUCGCUGGUUCCUUGGCUGACUUACCACUGCUAA